AUGUUUCUUGUUGUUUACUCCCCUCCAUGUUGUUUUCUGUGCUUCAGAGUCGUUAUGAACGUGGACGUUAUAGAUGCGACGGCGGAGGCACUUCCGCUGGAGCUGCUGAACGCAACAAACAAGGAGCUGACGGCGCAGCUGUCGCGCCACGAGCAGCUGUGCGAUGAUAAGGUACGUGAGAUAGAAGACCUGCGGCGGCGGCUACAGUUCAUGAAGGAGCAUCUCAGCAACGUGCGCGGGGAGGUCGUGAACACCCAGAGCCUGGUGGAGUGCAAGCGGCGUGAGGUGGAGUCGGGGACGCACAUGUACCGCCUUCUCGACCGCGAGUGCG